AUGGACUCUGCUGAAUUCGUCAAGACUCCAAAACAAGGGCCAAUUGAUCCACCUACUGAUAAAUGUGGUAUCAUGACGACCGCGUCACCUGCCAUUCAUAAUGCUCCAUUGCCAGCAGAUGGACCAGGAUCCAAGCAAUUUAGCAACCUUGCCUUGGUUGGGUUUUUGAUCCUAAUUCCUUUAUUCGUUACUAGGAAGCUCGGUGGAGGUCUCAAGACGUGGAUCCUUUUUGCUGUUAUCUUUGCACUCCCGAUUUUGAUGGCGUACUGGACGAUUUUGUCCUCUUAUUCUCCUAGACUUAAUGAAAAAGUCAAGUACCCUAACCGUCCAAUCUCAUACUAUCUUGAAUAUCAUACUCCUGAAUUGAAAGCCAAAUAUGUCGAUUCAAAUGGUGGUAAGGGCAAGAAGAUUCCUCUCGAGACAUUCCAAGAGUUAUUUUUCAAUGGAAAAGUUUCAUUCAAGGGAGAUUGUUUAGAUGUUAUGGAAUAUAAGCAUGAUUGGGCUACUUUCCGCUUCACCCUUUCCUUGUUCAAGUUUUUCUUAUUUGGAAUGAUUCCUGAGGUUAUUUUGCACUCCCAGUCUCAAGAUGAAGAGCAAGUGAGAGACCAUUAUGACAGAGGUGAUGACUUCUACACUUGGUUUUUGGGUCCAAGAAUGAUUUACACGUCGGGAGUAAUCGGUGAUAUUGAAAGAGAAGAAACUUUAGAGGAAAUGCAAGAUAACAAAUUGACCAUUUUGGCAGACAAGAUUCAAUUGAAAAAAGAUGAGCAUGUUUUAGACUUGGGUUGUGGAUGGGGAACUUGGGCUGCCUUUGCUUCUUACAAGCAUGGUGCUAAGGUUACUGGUGUCACUUUAGGUAAGAAUCAAACUAAAUGGGGAACUGAUUUGUUUAAGAAGUACGGUGUAAGCUCAGAGCAAUCGAGAAUUGAAUGUGUUGAUUACCGUGAUUCUCCUCCAUCCAAGAAACCCAACGGUUUAUAUGACAAGAUUACUUGUUUAGAAAUGGCAGAGCACGUUGGUGUCAGAAGGUUUGGUACAUUCUUGCAACAAGUUUAUGAUACCUUAGAAGACGAUGGUUUGUUUUUCUUACAAUAUGCUGGUUUAAGAAAGCGCUGGCAAUAUGAAGACUUAGUAUGGGGAUUAUUCAUGAACAAAUACAUUUUUCCUGGUGCUGAUGCUUCUACCCCAUUGUCAUUCGUUGUAACUGCUUUGGAAUCUACAGGUUUUGAAGUUGUCUCAUUAGACAACAUUGGUGUGCAUUAUUCUGGUACUUUGUACAGGUGGUACAAAAACUGGCUUUCUAACAAGGAAAAAGUUGUCAACAAGUAUGGUAUUAGAUGGUAUAGAAUUUGGGAAUUUUUCUUAGCUUCAUCUACCAUAGUCUCUAGACAGGGUUCGGCUACAUGUUAUCAAAUUGUCUUGAGGAAGAACUUAAAUUCCUACCACAGAGUCAACUAUAUUCCUGCUCAAAAAGGACUUUUAGCUCCAUUAGAAACUAAGCAAGAAUGGGUCAAAUAG